AUGGGACUCACCGGAAAGACUCUGCAGACGGCACAGCUGCUGCUCGUCGUUCUGCCAGCUUUUGUGCUGUUCGGAUACAACCAGUCUGGUGUGGGCGGUCUGUUGUCUCUCCGUGACUGGAACGACCACUUCCCGGAGAUCAACACCAUCGAUGCUACCGGCGCUGAGAAGAGCAGCAAUUCGACCAAGCAAGGUGCCGUUGUCGCCACCUUCACCAUUGGCGCUCUCUUCGGUGCUCUGUCUUGCUCCUGGAUUGGCGACAUCCUCGGACGACGAAAACUCAUCUUCGGUGCCGCAUUCUUGACUCUCGUCGGCGAGAUCCUACAAUGCACUAGCUUCCAGCUCGCGCAAUUCGUCGUCGGCCGCUUCAUUCUAGGAUGGGGAGUCGGAGCUCUCAGCGCUACUGUCCCAGUCUGGCAAUCCGAAUGCUCAUCGUCUGCCAACCGUGGUAAGCACGUUGUGCUCGACGGUUGCUUUAUCUCCCUCGGCUACCUGCUCGAAGCAUGGAUCAACCUUGGAUUCUUCGAACAGGAUAACCUGCCUCUGCAAUGGCGUAUCCCGCUCGCCAUUCCCACCGUCAUUUCCCUUGUUCCCAUGGCCGCUGUAUUCAGCAUCCCUGAAUCACCUCGCUGGCUAGUCAACAAGGGACGCGUGGAGGAGGCUCGUCUCAGUCUGUCCAGCUUCAAGGGAUUGGAUCUGCACGACCCCGAGAUCACAGCUGAGAUCAGCGGCAUCGAACUCGCGCUCGAGGAGACUGGCCGCAGCGCAGCGAAGAUGAGCGACAUCUUCACUAUGGGCAAGGACAAGCUGUUCUACCGCUUCUCACUCUGCAUCUUCCUCCAAUUCCUGCAGCAAAUGUGCGGUAGCAACCUCAUUUCCACCUACUCAACCAUCAUCUUCCAACAAGGUCUCGGCCUCGACAGCGAAACCUCGCGCAUCCUCUCCGGCGGCGCGCUAACCUGGAAGUUCCUCUCCUGCUUCGUCGCCUUCUUCACCAUCGACCGCUUCGGGCGCCGCAAGCUCUUCAUGUUCAGCGGCGCGGGCAUGGCUUCCUGCAUGUUGGCUCUCGCCGUCGCAUCCAGCUUCCCCAAGACAAACCAAUCGGCCCAGAUCGCCAGCGCGCUCUUUGUCUUCCUCUUCAACUUCUUCAUCCCGAUUGGGUUCCUCGGAGCGAACUUUUUGUACUGCACGGAAGUUGCGCCGACGAGGCUAAGGGUGCCUAUGGCGGGUAUUUCCACUGCCAACCACUGGCUCUGGAACUUUGUCGUCAAUAUGGUCACGCCUGUUGCUAUUGAGACUAUUGGGUGGCAGUACUACCUCGUCUUCCUUAUCAUUUCCGCUAUCAUUCUGCCCGUCGUUUACUUCGGUUACCCUGAGACCAUGGGCCGCAGUCUGGAGGAGCUGGAGAUGAUGUUCACAGAGGGUACGAGCAUCCCGGCUAUUGUUAGGGAGAGCCGCAAGCCGUUCACUAGUCCUCUUCCUGAGCACAUGCUUGAGAAGGGUGGGAAGGAUGUUGAUGAGGAGGAGUAUGUGCACUGA